AUGGGUUGCACCUCCUCCACUCCAGCCGGCGGGGUCGAUGCCGGCGCAGAAAGGAGCCGCAUGAUAGAUAAGGCCUUGAGAGAAGAUGAAAAGCGGUUAUCGAAGGAAGUCAAGCUGCUCCUUCUCGGAGCUGGAGCGAGUGGAAAGUCCACGGUGUUGAAGCAAAUGCGGUUCCUCCAUAACCGACCCUACUCAGCAGACGAGAUCGAGGACUACCGGAAAAUCGUCUUCUCCAAUAUAGUAGGCGGUAUGCGCUCCAUCAUCGACACGAUGGACGACCUCGGAAUCGCCGUAUCCGUCCCCAACCGCAAACACAUCUCGCUGGUCGAUAAUGAGAUUCCGAUCAAUACGGGCGAAGCGUUCCCGUUGAAAUACCUGGAGGCGCUGAAGGGGCUGUGGGGGGACGAGGGGGUCAGUGAGGUGUAUUCGAGGGCGCACGAGUUUGCACUGCAAGAGAACCUCCCCUACUUCUACUCUCACCUCGACCGGCUGUUCCAACCCAACUUCACCCCGACCGACUCGGACAUCCUGCGCGUCCGGUCAAAGACGACAGGGAUCAGCGAGACGAGGUUUGAUUUGGGAGAUAUGAUGGUCAGGCUGUUUGAUGUCGGUGGGCAGCGCUCUGAGCGACGGAAAUGGGCUUCAUGCUUUGAAGACGUCACGUCGAUUCUGUUCUUGGUCUCACUCAGUGAUUACAAUGCUUGCAUUAUCGAAGAUAAGGAUAGUAACGGUAUGGUCGAGGCUUUGAUCCUGUUCGAGUCUAUCGUCAACUCGCAAUGGUUCAUCAAAUCCUCUAUCAUUCUCUUCCUCAACAAGGUCGACGUGCUCGCUACCAAGCUCCUCGACCCCGCUCAACAAAUAGCCGCCCACUUCCCCGACUACACCGGCAAGCCCGAAUCCAAAGACGACGCCAUCGAGUUUUUCAAGCGCAAGUUCUUUGCCUUGAACAAGCGGCCGGAAAAGACCAUUUAUGCCUACCCUACCACCGCGACGAAUAGCGAGAAUAUCAAGGUCGUCAUGUCGGCGGUGCUGGAUACGAUUGUUAGGGCGAAUUUGAGGGAGAUGGCGAUCAUUUAG